AUGAUGCAGCGCCCGUGGGCAAACAUCUCACCCGAGGACACGGCCGCGCUGGCAAUUGUGAUCCACAAUGUGGACUGGUACCAGGGCCACGACGGGCCAAUAAUGACUAUACUUAGCAGGGAUUCAGCCGCGGCCAGCCACCGCCAAGCCCAGCAGAAGUACACGACCUUCCUCGAGUUCUUCACUGAGGAUAACUGGUCCAGGCUGAUGCCCGAUGACGGCGAGCUGCCGCCCAGCACCGCUUGCCUGCACCUCAUCAUCCAGCGCGUCGUGCGCCUGGGCGGCGACAACGUGUGCGAGCGCACGACCAAGCUGAUGGCGUCGAUGUGGCUUCUCAUCACCGAUCCUAACGCGUACAAGCUGAACUGUUUUCAGUUGAAGGCAACCCGCGGCUACGUCAAGUCGGAGUACAGGACCAUUGCAGACAAGUUCCCGGGGCCCGGCUUUCACAUGGGCCCGCUGCCGAAUCUGCCAGGUGACCUGGCGCGUUCACAUCCGCAGGCCUACGCCAAGGCAUGCAGCACUCGUGCGGGCGACGGGCCCAUGCGGUGCCCGCUGAGCAUGUCCAAGCUGCGGGACCUUGACAAUAGGUAUCGGUGCAGAGGAGUUGGGGCCGAGAAGCAUGCGGCUCAGCAAAUGAGCGCAGGGCCGCAGGGCUCGGGCAAUGCGCCAAGUGGACAGUUGGUGCCAUACGCCCCCAGCGGAGGGCCCCAUGACGACAUCAGGCAGAUGAUUGCCCAGCAGGCCCAGAACAUGCAGCAAAUGCAGAACAUGGCCAUGACCGCCAUGUCCCUCGUGGCGGGAGGGCGCGUCGGAGCGGGGGCGGGCUCAGCAGGUGACGAAAUGGUAAGCUUCAUGGAGAACUUGGAGGUCUUCGGGAAUGCCGCCACUCGGUGGGGCCGCCACAAGCCCAACCCAGCAGGCCGCAAGGUUGCAGGGCCACAUCCAGCGCGCGCUCCCCUGCCAGCUACCGACCUCGCGGAUCCAUUGGCCGCAGACGCCGCGGACCCAUUGGCCGCAGGGGCAGUGGCCUUGGCCGCUCCAGCGAAUGCACCGCAAACCAUGGCACAGAACUUGAAGCGCACCGUGGAUCAGGCCAUGGACACGAUGCAGGCGAAGCGCUUAGAGGCCAAGGCGAAAGCCAAGGCUCAGAGGGUCAUGAAGAGGGGCAUCGGCAAGACCAAGCAGGCAACGCCCUCCGCUGGGAGGCGCGGCGAGGGCAACAAGGCGGCCAAGUUGAGCCCGCCCAAGACGAAGGCCGACAGGGCGACCACGGCGACCAAGGCGACCUCGACCAAGCUGAAGGGCGCCAAGGUGACCACGCCCAAGACGAAGGCCGACGCGAAGCCGAUCGACAUCUCCGACCUGGCAGUCCUGACGAAGAAGACGAUGGAAGCCACCGCGCGCGAGUGCUUCACUUCGAAGGCCCACCGCGCGGCGAGGCAGAGGGCGAAGGUCGGCGGGAAGGCUUACGCGGCUUCCGCGGCUAGCUGGGACAAGCUCAAGGGCAGCUGA